UAAAAAAGGCUAUCAUGAAAGGUCAAAUUAAUCCACAAAUAAUAAGAAGGCAACCAAAAAAAAAAAGAGCCAAUCCUAUUGGUUACCCACAGAGCAACCACCUCCAAACGACGCCGAAUUUCUCUUGUCCUCCUUGCUUCUAUCAGAUAUUUCCUUGGAGUUGUCACUUCCUCUUCCCCAAAGAGUCUUCCACUCCUUCCCUCACUGCUGUAGAAUCACUCUAGUAAUCGCCGAUCAACUAAAAACGAUUUCUUUUUUUGUUAAUCGAUUCGUUCAACUCAGUGGCUCAUCUAAAAGAACCGCGUUCGGUGUUGAGGUUUAGCUCGGUGAUGUGGUCGUGAGAUUUUCUUUUCUUUAGGGUUAGAUUCCGAAACUGAAAAUGGAGAAAAUGGAUCGGGCAGAUAUAACGGUCGGGCCGGCUAUGGAUAUGCCGAUCAUGCACGACAGUGACCGUUACGAUUUUGUUAGAGAUAUCGGGUCGGGAAAUUUCGGAGUCGCCAGACUUAUGAGAGAUAAGGUCACCAAGGAGCUCGUUGCUGUCAAGUACAUAGAGAGAGGCGAUAAGAUAGAUGAAAAUGUUCAAAGAGAAAUUAUCAAUCAUAGGUCAUUGAGGCAUCCCAAUAUUGUCAGAUUUAAAGAGGUUAUUUUAACACCUACUCAUCUUUCCAUUGUAAUGGAAUAUGCGUCGGGAGGAGAGCUUUUCGAGCGAAUUUGUACUAAUGGUCGAUUCAAGGAGGAUGAGGCUCGCUUUUUCUUCCAACAACUUAUAUCUGGUGUUAGUUAUUGCCACGCAAUGCAAGUAUGCCACCGUGAUUUAAAGUUGGAAAACACUUUGUUGGAUGGAAGUCCAGCUCCUCGGCUUAAGAUAUGUGAUUUUGGGUACUCCAAGUCUUCAGUUCUUCAUUCACAACCAAAAUCUACCGUUGGAACUCCUGCAUACAUUGCUCCUGAGGUACUACUAAGGCAAGAAUAUGAUGGCAAGAUUGCCGAUGUAUGGUCAUGUGGGGUCACCUUAUAUGUAAUGCUGGUUGGGGCAUAUCCUUUUGAGGAUCCUGAUGAGCCAAAAGACUUUCGGAAGACAAUACAAAGAAUUCUUAAUGUCCAGUAUUCCAUUCCUGAUUUUGUCCAAAUAUCUCCCGAGUGUCGACAUCUGAUUUCAAGGAUUUUUGUUGCAGAUCCUACAGCUAGAAUUACAAUUCCUGAAAUUAGAAAUCAUGAGUGGUUCUUGAAGAAUCUUCCUAAUGACCUGAUGGAUGAAAACGCAAUGGGUAACCACUUUGAGGAGCCUGAUCAACCUAUGCAGAGCACAGAUACGAUCAUGCAGAUAAUUGCUGAGGCCACCAUUCCAGCUGCUGGAGCCCAUGGCUUAAACCAUUGCAUGGUAGACAACCUUGAUGAUGAAGAUAUGGAUGACCUCGAUUCUGAAUCUGAGCUUGAUGUUGAUAGCAGCGGGGAGAUAGUCUAUGCAAUGUAACAUGAAGAAGACAGCUUCUCCACAAUGGUGCAGUUGUUUCGGACAUGUAAAAGUGUGAAGACAGCCACUGAGAAUUUAUGGCAGCGUGCCUGUUGAAUUAUCGGAGAGAAAGACCGUAGUGAGUUGCGCAAUGCUGGUCUCAAAUUGUCAUGUUUCAUUGAUUGCAUUAUGUUCAUAGCAUGGAGCUUUAUACAGAUCUUUGUGAGAAAUUGAUAUUUAAUAUUACUUUACAAAGGGGGGCGAUAACUGGAAAAAGAUUCUAUAUAAUGAUCAUCUCCCCAACUUCCACGUUGAACUCCUGUUCAUUUUUAUUUUGGCAUUGGUCCUGAACUUUUUGCUUGCUUCUGUUUUUUGCAGUUAAAUAUAUAUGUCUACUUUGUGUAA